CGCACACAGCUCGGCGAAGGCCGCCACGCUGAGUGAUUCCUGGAAGCAGUGAAGGGCACGGCCUUGGGAUUCUUGAUUCCUCAAAGGUCAGCCUAGCAACAGGGUGGUAGAAAAAAUGAAGCCAGCGGGUACAGACCCAAGGAUCUUGUCUUUAGCUGCUGAAGUAGCGAAAAGUCCUGAACAAAAUGUCCCUGUUAUAUUAUUGAAGUUAAAAGAAAUAAUAAACAACACCCCUUUGGGAAGCUCAGAGUUAAAGAAAGUCAAGCAAGAUAUAUAUUGUUAUGACCUCAUUCAAUACUGUCUAUUGGUCCUCAGUCAAGAUUCUUCUCGAAUCCAGGGUGGUUGGUCUACAAUUUCCCAGCUGACACAGAUACUAAGCCAUUGCUGUGUGGGAUUAGAGCCAGGAGAAGAUGGAGAAGAAUUUUACAAGGAAUUACUUCCAUCAGCUGCCGAAAAUUUUCUUGUCCUGGGAAGACGAUUGCAAACAUGUUUUAUCAAUGCAACUAAGGGUGAAGAGCAAGAUAAAUUACUACAUUUUUUCCAAAUUGUGACUGAUUCUCUCUUCUGGCUAUUGGGAGGUCAUAUUCAACUCAUACAGAAUGUACUGCAGAGUGAUCAUUUCUUGCACCUACUGCAAACUGACAAUGUUCAAAUAGGAGCUACAGUCAUGACUCUGCUUCAGAAUAUACUACAGAUCAACAGUGGUAAUUUACUCAAAAUAGAAGGAAAAGCCCUGCAUUCUAUUUUAGAUGAAAUUCUUUUCAAGCUUUUGUCAACUCCUAGUCCAGUCAUAAGAAGUACUGCUACAAAGCUCCUACUGGUAUUGGCUGAAUCCCAUCAGGAAAUUUUGAUUUUACUGAGACUAAGUGCCUGCUAUAAAGGACUUAGAAGUCUGCUAAAUAAACAGGAAACUCUUACAGAAUUUAGUCGAGAACUUAGACAGCUCGUUGAUCUUUUAACCCCUAAGAUCCAACAGGAAGUAGAAGAACAGAAACUACAUAAAGCAGCUUGCUUGAUUCAAGCCUAUUGGAAAGGUUUCCAGACCAGAAAAAGAUUAAAGAAGCUUCCGUCUGCUGUGAUUGCCUUGCAGAGGAGUUUCAGAGCUAAACGAACAAAGAUGUUGUUGGAGCUAAAUAGGCAGAAGGAAGAAGAAGACCUCAGAUUAAGAUUGCAACUUCAAAAACAGAGAGCCAUGAGGCUUUCCCGAGAGUCACGCUUGAGUAUGCUUGAAAUAAUUCAUCCAGGUCAAGUGGAGAAAUACAAUAGGGAAAUAGAAGAGAAAUCUGCAUUGACUAUCCAGAAACAUUGGAGAGGGUACAGGGAAAGGAAGAAUUUUCGCCAACAGAGGCCAUCUCUCACAGAGUAUAAAGCAGCUGUCACACUUCAGAGAGCAGUUCUUAAAUUCCUAGCAAAGUGCCGUAAGAAAAAGAAACUCUUUGCCUCUUGGCAUGGACUCCAAGAACUCACUGAUGCACGCCGAGUUGAACUGAAGCAACAAGUGGAUGACUAUGUCAAAAGACAUCCGGGCUCUCAGAUGUCAGAUGUGGCCAGCAGAGAGCUCCACGCACAAGCACAAGAACGACUUCAACACUAUUUUAUGGGAAGAGCCAUAGAAGAGCGAGCCCAGCAACACAGGGAAGCAUUGAUGGCUCAGAUCAGCACCAAUAUUGAGCAGUUGAUGAGUAUGCUCUACAUCUGUCUUUGUUUCAUAAAUGGAAUAACCCAUGCAAGAGACGUGGCAUCCAAAAUCUUUAGAAGUGCCACAAAUAGUCUUUAUUCCAGUCCUUAGGAAAUCUUACAUCAUCCCAGUUUUCAACUGUAUACAUUCCAUUUGUUAUAAAUUCAAAUAUUUCAACUCCAUCCAAAUUACUAAUUUUAAAGAUGCUGUGCUCUUCUACACACAUUCUGCCUAAACUUUUUAAAUUUUUUUUUGUAUUUUAGAAUUAGAUAAUGACAGCAGUUACAGUACAGUGACCUUUUCAAAAAUAACAUUUAAUGAUUUUUUACUGAAGUUUUGCUCUCUUUAAGCUAUCUAACACAACUUACUGUUUUUCUCUUCUAAAAGACUUAAAAAGACUGGAAGUUGCCAGGGAUUGGGGUUGUUGCUGUCACCCACAUCUGUAACUUUUUACUAGACACCUACCUUCAUAGUUAGCAGUGACAGCAUAGUCAGAGUUAGAGCCCAUCCUGUCCUGUCCUGUCCUAACUGUAGCUAGGCUCCAGCUCUGCUGGUUCCAAGUCUGCUUGCCUGGCGUCCUUCCACUGACCCAUUUACUUUCUGUUUGCUGCAGAGGCACCAAGUCUGAAGGAGGCGGAAGGAAAGGAGCCUGAGCAGUUCCUGAGUAGAUCUAGGCCUGUGGCAGCCAAAGCCAAGCAGGCCCACCUUACCACCCUGAAGCACAUACAGGCCCCCUGGUGGAAGAAGCUCGGAGAGGAACCAGGGGAUGAGAUGGAUGUUCCAAAGGACGAGCUUAGUAUAGAUUUAGGGACUUUAUUUAUUGGUGGAACCAAGCCUCCCUAGAGAGUUACUGGGAAAGCCGGCAUUCUUACCUUUUAAGAGAUUGUUGGUUUUGCCUCUGGCAUGCAGGAAGACUAGGUCUAUGCCAGUGGCUUUCCAGAGCAUCUUCUUCAUGAACACUUGGAAGCAAAGAGCAGAGCAUUGCCUACCUCACUCUCAGUUCUUUCCCCAUCUCUACACCCUGUCUGUAGUCACAAACAGAUUUGUGGGCUUUUAAUUGUGGGACAGAACUCAAUGUGAAAUUUUAUUGUUAAUUUGAAAUUUCUUUCAUUCUGUUUUCUGACUAAAAGUUGUUUUGUUUUUGUUUUUAAAUAAAUAUUGUUUCU